GUCUCGAAAGCAUCGUCGGAGCUGAUGAAUUACUGCGAGCAACAUGCCAGGAACGACCCGCUGCUGGUCGGGGUGCCC